CAAGUCCGAGGGGCGGAGAAGGGAAAGAGGAAGGGGGAAGAGAGUGGGAGAGCGAAAGCUGGGAGAAAGAGGCCGGGUGCGCUGCUGGAAGGAGGCGGGGAACCGGGAUCGCGCGGGUGCCCCGCCGCUGCCCCGCCAGCUGCAGGUGGAGGCCGCGGAGGCAGCCGAUUCCGCAGCCCCAGGCGCUGCCACUUCUUCCCCGGGGCCUUCCUCCCGGCCCCGAGGGAGCUGGCGCGGGGGCCCUCGGGGCUCGUCCAUCGUCCCGCAGCUGCGCCUUGCGCCUCGCCUCGCCCAUGGCUGAGGGCCGGCGGUGGGAGGACGAGGAGGAAGAGCUGGGGCGCCGCGCCCGGGGCCGGGCGCUCUCGGGCCACUCGGCUGCAGAUCGCAACGAACGAAAUAAACCAGAGCAUCGUUCUUCAAGCUUCUCGGACUUCUAUACAGAGUGAGCUUCAUCGAGAUAGGAGGCGCCCGGAGAUCACCAUUGUGGCCGCUGAGCCACUGAGGCCAGCCUCGUGGUUUCCAGGAGCCCCAGCCCCAGGAUUGGCAUUUCCCCCACCCUCUGCAGCAGGCCCUUGGAGGCCCAGGGAGCUGGUUCCUGCUGAGCUCCCACCAUCUUAUGAACAAGUCAUAAAAGAAAUCAACCAAGUUCAAGUUAAUACUACAAAUAACAAUAAUGCUGCUGCCUCUCCAAGGCACACUAUUACUUCUGCAACUCAGACUGACUUUUCAGAAGAAAUAGACAACCACCUGCCUCAAACACUGCAGGCACCUCUCAAACCUCUUCAGCCUGCCCCAGGGGUCUCAGCCAGUGAUCUUCCCACAAAUGUGGCACCUUUAAUAGUCUUUGACAUUUCUGAGGAACACACUUGUCCAGAAAACUCCAAUGCUACAAGAUGUCCAGUGCCAAAACCAAGAUCAAAAAGCAACCUCAGACCAGUAGCCAGAGAUUCUCACAUUAAAGGACAGAAUCUCCAGAAAAUCAGCUCAGCGGCCACCGAAGAGGAGUCAGCCCCAAGCCAACCCCAGUCUCUGUUGGACAAUACCAACGACUUGGACAGUCAGGCAGGGAUGAACAUUAUGAACACAGAACGAAGCCAAAAUAGUAUUGUUUCAAGGAUCAAAGCAUUGGAUAGUCAGACAAAUACUGAAACUUCUGAGCUGCCCAAGAAACCAGAGAUUGCUCCCCGCUCACUCCCCCCCAGGCCUGCUGUUCCCUCAGGGAAACCCUCUGUGGCUCCCAAACCAGCUGCUAACAGAGCUUCUGGAGAACUGGACUCCUGGAGUGAAAACAGACGCAAGGUGGCCUCAGGGGAAGGGCCCACCCCACACUCUCCACCGCAAGAAGUAGGGAGCAUCCCAGUAACCAAACCUGAAUUGCCAAAGAAACCAAACCCUGGCCUUACACGAAGUGUUAAUCAUGAGACUCUGGGGGGAGGGCCUGUGAUUGAGAACCCUGAUGGCAGGAAGAGAGUCCCAACUCCUGCUCCUCGACCUUUGCUGCCGAAGAAAUCGGUUUCCUCAGAAAACCCCAGCUGCCCUGCCGCUUUGCUGAAACCAGUCACUGUUCCUCCCCGACCCCCAGUGGCAUCACAAGCCAAAGCAUUCAGGUCAUUGGGUGAAGGAGCCUCAGCCAACCCCGCAGCCCCAGGUCUGCAAAGCAAGCCUCUGGGGGACAUCGACCUCAUCAGCUUUGAUGAUGAUGUUUUACCCAUCCCACCUGGGAAUGUGGUUGAAGACUCUCUUGGUUCAGAGAUGGCACUGGAUCCCUUCCAGGUCCCCACAAAGACAGAACCAACAAAAGAACCAGCAGUUCAACCAGCACCCACCAGAAAGCCCACUGUGAUUCGAAUUCCAGCCAAACCAGGAAAAUGUUUACAUGAGGAUCCACAAAGCCCACCUCCUCUCCCUAUUGAAAAGCCUAUUGGAAACACUUACAGUACAGUAUCUGGAAAACCCAGUAAUGUUGACAGAACUAGAGACUUGGAAUCCGACCAGGCUGGCCAAAUGGGAGGCUCUGUGCGAGGACCCCCCAGGCUUCCACCAAGACCUAUAAAUGGAAAAGUCACACCAGCUCGACAGCCUCCUCCCAAGGGGGCCCCUGAAAGACCACCUCCCCCGAGAGUUUCUGCAACCAGAACAUCAAAUAAAAAACUGCCUUUUAAUCGGUCUUCUUCUGACAUGGAUCUUCAGAAAAAACAAAAUAAUAUGGCUUCCAGACUCACAAAAACCAAGAGUCAAUUUUUUAAAAGUGAAGAUCCGGUGCUACCCCCUCGCCCUAAACCAGGACACCCUCUCUACAGGAAAUACAUGCGUGGGGAUGGACUUGUGCUGCUGAAGGAGGCAGGAAAUAAUUACUGGGAAUGCCAAAAGGGAAAAGUCACUGGUAGAGUUCACCUGCCUCAGAUGAAGAUUAUCACCCCACUUGAUGAACAUCUUAGGAGCAGACCAAACGAUCCAAGCCACACUCAGAAGCCUGUUGACAGUAGUGCUCCUCAUGCUGUCGUUCUUCAUGAUUUUCCAGCAGAGCAAGUUGGUGAUUUGAAUCUCACUUCUGGAGAAAUUGUUUAUCUUCUGGAAAAAAUAGAUACAGAUUGGUACAGAGGGAAAUGUAGAAACCAGACUGGGGUAUUUCCUGCCAACCAUGUCAAAGUAAUUAUUGAUGUUCCAGAAGGAGGAAAUGGGAAAAGAGAAUCAGUUUCAUCUCAUUGUGUUAAUAAAGGUCCAAGAUGUGGCACUCAGUUUGAAUAUAUUGGAGACCAGAAGGAUGUGCUAAGUUUCUUGGAGGGAGAAAGUAUUGUUCCUAAUGAGUAUGUGAAUGAAGAAUGGGCUGGAGGAGAACCUCGAGGCAGAACUAGGACUUCCCCCCUUAACCUUGUGGAACUUGUUGAGGAUCAACCCACCUCUGGUACAAAUGUUUUCAGCACAAAGGUACCACUGAAGACCAAAAAAGAAGAUUCUGGAGCAAAUUCUCAGGAUAACAGUCUUUCUGGAGAAUGGUGUGAAGCUCUUCACAGUUUUACAGCGGAGACCAGUGAUGACUUACCCUUCAGGAGGGGAGAACGGAUCCUGAUCCUACAGCGGCUGGACUCUGACUGGUACAAGGGCAGACUGCGAGACAGGGAGGGGAUCUUCCCAGCAGUCUUUGUGCGGCCCUGCCCAGCUGACAUGAAAAGUAUGUCUCCUUUAGCACUGAAGGGGAGGAAGGCCAAAGCCUUGUAUGAUUUCCAUGGGGACAAUGAAGAUGAGCUUUCCUUCAAGGCUGGAGAUACAAUAACAGAGCUGGAAUCUGUAGACGAUGACUGGAUGAGUGGAGAACUAAUGGGGAAAUCUGGAAUAUUUCCCAAAAACUAUGUUCAGGUUUUACAAGUCGGCUAAAGGUGAAGCUUGACUGUGUCCCUUGGCACAAGAACUAUUACUUUGACUAUCAGAUACGGUUUUUUUGCACUAUUUUUUAAACUGAAAGAAAUAUCUAUGCUGUAAUGGUACACUAGAAUUUUCUGAAAGUAGAAAAUGUCUGGAUUUCAUCACAGUAGAAACGUACACAUGAAAACCCAUGAGCAAGUAUUCUACCAAGGAAAACAUCAGCUGUAUGAGCAAGACAAUUAAACACUUCCCCCAGGGAAAGUGCCUGGUGACAUGGCAGCACAAGGAGGCCUACGCACAAAAGCUGUGCUUUAACAUCUAUUUUCAUCAGCAAAAGUCAAUUAAACGUGCUUCUUCACUUUUUUUUCUUUUAGUUUAAAAAGAGGACAUUCAGUAUUCUACAUGCUGUAACCAUCAAGACAUGGUUGGUAAUCUAAAUUUUAUUUGUGAUAUUCAAAUUAAUUCUAACAGCUUGAGCACAUUUCCCUUAUUAUCAGGGCAAAUCCUUGUUUCAGGAGGGGGUAGUUUAUUAACUAGUUGGAGCCUGUGUAAGAACGUGGAGAAUCAGCUCAUGCUCACCAAAUGCUUCUGGUGUUAAUAAGUAUUUCCCCUUUGUCCAAGAAUUUGAAGGGGAUUAAAAUUUGAAGCAUCUUAGUCAAAAGAACCAAAACCAUCCUGAGAUGCCUUGCUAAUAUGACUAACUCUUCCACAUACUUGCUGUACUUACUUCUUUCCUCCAUUUAUAACUUUAUACAGGGUUGUUAUAAAGCACAUUUUCUGAAUCUGCAAUCAUUCUUUUGACAAUUACUGGUACCCAAAGAAAAAUUCAUUUUCUUUGUGUUACCCCAGUAAUAUAUAAAAGCUGUGUCUUGUUAUAGUGAUACAUUAUGAAUCACAUUAUCCCAAAUACAGAGUAACUGUUAAGAUGGAAAACAAUGCCAAGCCCCACAGCUCAUUUCUUCCCAAUAUAAUCAAAUGAAAAAUAAUUUAAGAAGACUGAAGGCUGAUACUUUUUGUUGUUUUUUCCCCAGCUCAUCCGUUCACAAUUAUAGAAUAAAUAAAAAAUUAAAAAUUAAAAAAAAACACACUUUCCUGCUAUAUCCACUGUUACGCAUGCCAGGCUUAAGAUAAAAGCAGUUCUUCAUGCCACUGAAUCAAUUACAGUUUAUGGCAGUGAUGGCGAACCUAUGACACGCGUGUCAGAGGUGACACGCAAACUCAUUUUUUUGGUUGAUUUUUCUUUGUUAAAUGGCAUUUAAAUAUAUAAAAUAAAUAUAAAAAAUA